CUUUCAAUUAAUUGUUUUUGUUUUGAUAACAGAGUUGUUGACAAACGGUGAUGUGUCGCGACUUGUUGAUGGAAGGCAGUUUUUAUUCUAACUGUUGUCAUGUCUGUAAGUUGCAUCAACCCGAUGUUGAUGUGAAGCGAUGCAGCAAAUGUCGAUUGAUUUCAUAUUGUUCUGUGAAACACCAAAAGAAACAUUGGCCAAAGCAUAAAGAUCUGUGCAAAAGUAUUGUGAGAAUAUGCCACAAUAGCGGCGUGUCGGCGUUAUUUGAAUCUCCCAAUCCGCACAUGACGGUGAGAGAAUGGUGUACUCUUCGCACGAAAUAUAUGGCUGCUGCUGAAGUCUUUGUAGCGAGAAAACUAUGUAAAUACGAGCGUGAGAUGUUUUUCUUCCCAAGAGUUUGUAGGGUCUGCAAAAUGUUCAAUAACGGCGAUUUGAUUGAUUGUGGCGAUUGUCUGUCAGCAAGUUACUGUUCAGUUGACCAUCAGUUAAAAGAUUCAACGAAUCACUCGGGAGUGUGCAGUGAUUUGAAACUUUGUUUGGAAAUUGACACAAAAGUGAAAAAUGAUUUGGAUUUUAGCACUCUAAUGGUGACAAGUCAGGAAGAGUAUACUCUUUUGCCCAAGAACACAAUAGAUUUUAUACAGUGCCAUAUUACGUUUGAUAAACUGGUUACUCUGCCUCCACAGUUGGUGUUUGCGUAUGUGUCAGAGCUUUUCUCAUGUCCUUUAACGCUGUUGUAUGCCCUCGAGAGAGAGAGAAUUAUGAGAGCCUCCCUUAUUGUGCAUGUUGUUGGUGCUAGUUACCUUGAGUGUUCCUUUUUCUUCUCUUGGGAAAGUGUGUUGCACUGGUUACCACAUGUAAAAUAUUUAUCUGUUGUGUUCAUUGGACCAGAUGUUAUUGAGGGUACAAGUUUCACAUUGUGCUCGGGAUGUGAAAAAAAGGGAAAGGGGAUCAACAUUAAACUUUACAGUGGCAUGUAUCAUGACUUCGUUAAGUCAGUUACUUAUGAAACUCCGUCUAUAAUCAUGGCUUACAAUAGUGGUAUUGAUGAACAGAGUUCUCACGACACAUGGGGCCAGUCCAUACCAUUUUUUCUGAAAUAUGAUGCAGUACCGUUUGUUUUAACGUCAUAUACGUUAUCGGAGGCAAUAUCAGAUUUAAAUAAAAUAUGCGAAAUUGCAGAUUGUGAAAUUACCAUUUCUGUUUCCUGUGAAAGAAACCGAUUUUCAAGCCAACGACCUUACCGAGAUUGGGAGACAGACCCCUUAUGCACAUUUUGCUAUAACAACUACUUGAGUAUUGUAAAGCGUGGAAGUGAGAGUACAAAAUAAUGUAGAGGACAACAAAAUAGUUGUCUGACUGAAUGGCUUAAGGACAGUAUUUGUGGUGUAUGGGGUGUUAUUACAGGUGAUCAUAAGUGUACAUUGAUUAAAAUAACUAUGUGCUUGACAUUUCAGUAAGUCAGUUGGUUUGGGGCCAGUUACCAGACAAUAGUACUCUUUUCUUGAGUGUCGCAUGCUCAUUGUGUUUUCUGUUAUGUAGGUACGUGCAGAGCCUUGUCAAUUGCAGCUAGCUGCUCACUUGCAAACUGCACCUACUACUCCUUGGUGCCUCAAUUUGUCAAUGACAAAGCUAUUUUCUUAAAGUGAUACAUCAUGCUUAGGCUACUUCUAGAGCCUGUAAUUAUUGUUAAGAACUUUGCUAUAUUUUUUAUGACUUUAAUAGUUUAUAUCACCAUUGCAGUGUUUGUAUUGUAAUGCAGUGUACCUGAAAUUUCUCUUU